AUGUUCGAGAUGAAGAAAACCAUUGACGCCUUAGUUGUUUUAGCAGGUAAGGUUUCAGAAUAUAACGCAAAAAUGAACCCACAAUGUUCUAAAUGUAAAGCAGCAAUGAGGAAAUAUAACUACUCCGUCAAAGAGAUAGAACGUAUGCGAAACGACUAUGCAGAUUUAAAGAAAGAAGCAGAGAAACCAGCAGAAGAUAAAAUGGACAUGUUGACAUUUCUAAACAAAAACUAUCCAACAGCUGACGAUUUCCUUCUAUCUGACGUCAAGAAGAAGUAUAAAGAAACUUUCGGUAUCGUUAAAACAUUCGAUGUACUAAAAGAAGAAAUUGAAGCCACGAAAUUGUUUAGAGUCAUGAACCAUCGCAACAUAUACCAUGUAAAACGCUUGUAA